AUGGAGUCUCCUACUCUGCAACCAGAGUCGCCGAUGGACCAGGAGGAUAUCCCCUUCCCUUGUAUGGGCUGUGGAGAGAUCCUCGAGGAAGGAAAAGCUUUUGAACUAUCUGGACAACGAUGGCAUAUUGAUUGUUUCCGAUGCAGCACUUGCAACACCCUCCUAGACUCGGAUGCUCACCUCCUCCUACUCGGCGAUGGCUCAUUGAUAUGUAGCAAUUGUACCUACAGCUGCAAUUCAUGCGGCAAUAAAAUCGAAGAUUUGGCCAUUCUCACCGGCGACCAGGCCUUUUGUGCGCAGUGUUUCCGAUGCCGCAACUGCAAGAGAAAGAUCGAAAACCUACGCUAUGCUCGGACAUCCCAAGGAAUAUUUUGUAUGGACUGUCACGAAUCACUAAUGCAACGGCGGCGGAAGAAAAAGGCUACAGCGGCAGCUAGUAAAAAAACCCCAGGACCGGGAGUCAAACUGGACAAGUCGUUACCUUCGCUCCCACCCAACUUUGAAGAGAGACAGCAAAUGUUGGAAGAGGAUCCUAGUGAGGCAUACCUUGAGAGCAUACCAGAGCCUGCGUCUAGCAGGGCUGACGACGCGAAUCGACCGGGAUCUUCUGCUUCUCGCCCGACAACGGCAUCAGACAACCUCAUACUUCCCUCUAGUACAUACCGAAGCAGCCGUCUUUUGAGCUCGCAGCGUGAUAACGACGCUGGAGACGCCGGAGGAGAAUUACUCAUUCCACUCACAUUCGAUCCCUCCGAGAGUCAGCGUUCUUCACGAAGACAAUCACAGGCACUUCAAGAGACCCCUCGCGAUUACUUCGGCCACAUGAGAACCGACUCGUCGAUGGGAGCUCACCGUGACGGCCUCGAACCCCAGUCCCAUGCAUCCACAGAACAUUCAUCCCCUCACAUCGCAUAUCAAGAGAAGGGCUGGGAGCAUACCGAGCCGGAGACUGUUCGACGUGAUUUGGAUGGAGUCAAUGGUGCAGGUGCUAAACCUCCCUCGGGUAUUGACCAUAACAGGUUGGGCAAGACCGAGUCUGCUCGGAGCUCGAGCCCCGAAAGUUCUCGCUCAAAGGACGACAUCACCCGUCACAUUCCUCUGGAGAGUACUAUUCCUCUGCGCCCCUCAAACGAGCUGCACAGACUUCACGACCAUGGCUCAGCGGACUCUGCACGAUCACAGCCCUCGAGUGGUCUGGCCCACCUCCCCAAGCGUGGUGAUUCACUCGAAAGCAAGCAUCAUCAAAUUGCACGGAAAGAGAUGGGAAGCUCCCCCACAUCAUCUGCAUAUGGAGGAUCGCCCACUUUACCCGAGAUUGGUACAGAGCUGCCGAAGCAAAAUAUCACCUCGGGCAAUACGUCACUCUCUGAUACUCAGCGGCAUAUGGACAACGCUGGCUCGCCGUCCUUGCCGCAGUAUACGAGUAACAGUGAUUUCUCCCAGGAUGAGGAUCUGGCACGCUUCAUCGGUGGAGAUUACCUGAAUUUCCGCCAACCCGGUAGUGCUUCCGCCACCCGUCACAACCGGAGCUUCAGUGAGAAGAGUGUGCGGACAAACAAGGAGCUGAAGCAUGGCCGGUCGCCCAUGAAUGGAAGCAUAUCUGGAACUGAUAUGGCUAGCCCGACUAUCGGUACGACUCCGACUGAAGAGCUCUCCUGGCUCCGUGGUGAACUUCGCAAGGAACGCCAACGUGUCAGCGAAAUGGAGAAUGCUCUUCGUGCAACGGCAGAUGUCAAGCAAGUUAACACUGAACUUUCUGAGAAGCGAUCAACGAUGGUUGUACUGGAUGCUCAGCGAGAGAUUGUCCUUCGCGAGCUUACCGUACUCACCGACCAUAUCGAGUCCGAGAAGCGCGGUGGUAAUUCUGGUACACCUUUGGAUCUUGGGAAGCUCUCAAAUCAUGUUCUGCGAGAGCUUGCUGAGUCCAUCCACAAGCUGAAAGAUUCCUACACUCCACAGAUUGAGGAGUUGAUUCAAAAGCGCAACGACCUUGCCGAAGAGUUAGUAGAGAUCAACCGAAAGAAGGAGAAGGCGUUCCAGGAGUUCGAGCAGCUGUCUUCCAAGAAUGCCCAAUUGGCCGAGCUCAACAACCAACUGGUCCAUCAAAUCCAGGAACUUUACAAGACAAACCACGCAGACCACCGCGGUCCUAACGGCCUGGGUAUCUCCCAUCACAAGGAUAAGUCUGUUACAUCUAUUGAGGCUCUGAGGCCCAUUGGCAGCCACGAUAUGGCAACCUCGAUCUCCACUGCUCACAUUUCAGAGGACGGAGAGCCCGCAACUGCCCAGGUUGUACCUGGACCGCAGGUAGUCAGCAUUCGCAAGGGCCAGCCUCGCAAGUUCAACUGGAAGAAGGGCGGUCAGAACGUCGCGAAGGGUGUCAAGGGCCUCAAGGGAGCUUUCAUGGGCAAUGAUGAACCUGGUGGCUUGCCUCGCUCUCAAACUCAGGAUCCCAAAGGAUUUGGCUUUUUUGGAAACCAGCGGAACAAACAGGGAGGCAAAAUGUCGCAGGCUGACAGCGUAUCAGCCCUUUCUGAUACCAUAGGCAAUCUUUAUGGUGUUGACUUGGAAAUACGCAUGGAACAAGAGAAGAGCAUCAUUCCGUACAUUGUCACUCGUUGUAUUCAAGAAGUGGAGCUCCGAGGUAUGGACAUGGAAGGUAUCUACCGUAAAUCUGGAGCUGCUUCAGCUAUCCAGGGCAUUCGCGAAGGAUUUGAACGCCUUCCGUUUGAUUACGAUAUAUCAGACCCUGAUCUUGAUAUCCACGCCGUCACAUCGUCCCUGAAGCAGUAUUUCCGCAAGCUGCCCAACCCUCUGAUCACAUAUGAUGUUUACGAGAUGAUCAUUGAAUCCGGAGAAAUCGCGGAUGCUCCCACCAGAAUCGAGGUUCUGCAAAAGGGUCUCCGAGAACUCCCUCAAGUACACCAAGACGUCCUUGAGUUCCUUAUGUUCCACCUGAAGCGUGUUGUGGAACGCCAGGAGGACAAUCUGAUGACAGCUCAAAACAUUGCUGUCGUCUUUGCCCCAACCAUUAUGCGGCCUGAAAGUCUGGCUCGUGAGAUGACGGACGUACAGAAGAAGAAUGAUGUUCUCAGAUUUAUGGUUGAGAAUGUCCCAGAUAUUUUCAUGGGCCUCGCCGUUGAACACCGAUAA